AUGAGUCAGGACAGCAGCAAACCACCUUUUAGAAGCUACGCGAAAAUUUUCAUUGGAUCUCGGUUGUUCUUAACAGUGAUGGCUAUUCAUUUAAGUCUUUGGGUAGCACCACUAGACCUUCAACAAGGUGGAAAUUCUCCGCGUCGAGCUAUAAUUGGGCAAUUCCAUUGUACUAUGAGCGGACAAUUCCGAAGAAAUGGUAAGAUAUGGGUAAGAGUUCUCGCAGAUCUCCCUAUUACCGGGGAACCUACAGAAGUCAGAAUGGGAAAAGGAAAAGGAAAUCCUACGGGUUGGAUUGCUCGUUUGUCCAUAGGACAAAUCCCAUUUGAAAUGGAUGGUGUGAGUUUGUCAAAUGCUCGACAAGCCGCUACAUUAGCAGCGCACAAACUAUGUUCGUCAACCAAGUUUGUUCAGUGGUCGUAA